AACAAGCAAACAAAUGGGUGAAGAACAUGGAGCGCGAGAACAAUUUGAAAGUAAUAAAGCUGACUGACUCAAACUACACCCGGAUAUUGGAAUCUGCGAUUCAGUACGGGUUUCCGGUUAUUUUGGAAAAUAUCCGUCAAACCCUGGAUGCUGUACUGGAACCGGUGUUGCUCAGAAAUAUUUUCAGAUCUGGUGGCGUCGACUGCCUCAAAUUCGGAGACAACAUCCUAGAGUAUAACUACGACUUCCGCUUCUACAUCACAACUAGACUUAGCAACCCGCAUUACUUACCCGAGAUCGCCGUCAAAGUAACGUUACUGAACUUCAUGAUAACACCUCAAGGGCUCCAAGAUCAGUUGUUGGGCAUCGUGGUGGCCCAGGACCGACCGGAACUGGAGCUCAAGAAGAACCAACUCAUUGUCGAGGGUGCUAAUAAUAAGAGGAUGCUGAAGGAAAUUGAGGAUCAGAUUUUGGAGGUACUAUCAUCAGCGGGCAACAUUCUAGAAGACGAGUCAGCGAAUCGCAUUUUGUCCUCAUCGAAAGUUCUCUCUAUAGAGAUUCAGGCAAAACAAGCAGCAGCGGCCAUAACUGAAAUCGAAAUUGACGACGCGAGAUUGCAAUAUGUGCCUGUGUCCAAGCAUGGAGCUGUGCUUUUCUUUUGUAUUUCUGACUUGGGGGCAAUUGACCCUAUGUAUCAGUAUUCCUUGGUUUGGUUCAUAAAUCUAUACAAUCAAGCGAUAAUAAACUCGCCGAAACACGACGAUCUAAGCGAGCGAUUGGACGGCCUGAAUGCGUACUUCACUAAAAGCAUAUAUGACAACGUGUGCCGAUCUCUGUUCGAGAAAGACAAGCUUAUAUUCUCUUUAGUGCUCACACUGGGUAUUCUGAGGGCUAAGGGUCAAAUCGACGAUGAGCAAGUGGUGUUCCUGCUAACGGGCGGCGUGGCGUUAGAAAAUCCAUACGAGAAUCCCGCGCCUGCCUGGCUCUCGGAGAAAUGCUGGUCCGAGGUCGUGCGCUCUUCUAAUUUGAACGGAUUAAACGGGUUCAAAGAGUCAUUUGAAAAGAAUAUAAUGGAAUGGAAGCGGUUCUACGACCUGUCCGCGCCUCAGGAGAACUCCUUCCCGGCGCCUUUCGACACCAUCAAGGGCAUCCCAAAGCUUAUCGUUUUAAGAUGCGUACGCCCGGACAAAUUGAUCGCCCUGGUUCAGCAAUAUGUAAUCGCGGAAAUGGGUCGUCAGUAUGUGGAGCCUCCGCCCUUCGACCUUGAGAAGUCAUAUAACGACAGCAAUUGCUGUUCGCCGCUCAUAUUCAUUUUGUCUCCUGGGUCGGACCCUAUGGCCGGACUGGUCAAAUUCUCGAUGGAGAGGAAGGUUGUCAGCUUUGAGACUAUUUCGCUGGGACAAGGACAGGGUCCAAUAGCAGCGAACAUGAUAUCGACUGCGAUCGUGACGGGCGGCUGGGUGGUGCUGCAGAACUGCCACGUGAUGGACUCGUGGAUGGGCGAGCUGGAGCGCAUCUGCGCGGAAGUCAUCGUGCCGCAAGCCACCCACACGCAUUUCCGCAUCUGGUUGACAUCCUAUCCUUCCAAAGCUUUUCCUGUCACUGUACUGCAGAAUGGUGUAAAAAUGACAAACGAAGCACCAAAAGGCUUAAAGAAUAAUAUCAACAGAUCAUAUAUAUCAGAUCCGAUCUGUGACCCUGAGUUCUACAUCUCCUGUCCACGCACAGAGGAAUGGCGAAGGUUACUUUUUGCGCUGUGUUUCUUCCAUGCCAUUGUGCAGGAGAGAAAGGCGUUUGGGCCACUGGGUUGGAAUAUUCAGUACGAGUUCAACGAAAGCGACUUGAGAAUCUGCAUUAUGCAAUUGCAGAUGUUCUUAACUGAGUACUCGGAGACACCGUUGGAUGCCCUGAAUUACCUCGCAGGCGAAUGCAACUACGGCGGAAGAGUCACUGAUGACAAGGACAGAAGAUUAAUUCUGUCUCUUCUUUCAAUUUACUAUAACGAGGAAGUUACUACUAAUCCAGACUAUUCCUUCUCGCCGAGCGGCAACUACAAAAUGCCGCCAAGCAUGGACUACAACUCCGUGCUGGAGCACAUUCGGGCGUUUCCUAUGAUCGCCAAGCCAGAAGUUUUCGGACUGCACGAGAAUGCUGAUAUCACUAAGGAUAAUAAAGAAGCUGGUGCUCUGCUGUUCGGCACGCUGCUGACGCAGACGGCCAUCAUCGCGGGCGGCGGCGGCGCGGAGGGCGGCGAGGGCGGCGGGGUGGUGGAGCUCACCAGCGACCUGCUGCAGCGCAUGCCGCGCGACUACGACAUCUACGAGGUGUCCCUCAAGUACCCCGUCGAGUACUACAACAGCAUGAACACGGUGCUCAAGCAGGAACUAAUCCGUUUCAACCGGCUAAUCAGCGUUGUGCGAAGAACGCUCCACGGCGUGCACCUCGCAGCCCAGGGACUGGCCAUCAUGAGCGCGGAACUGGAGGGUUGCAACAAUGCCUUCGCUAAAGGCAUCGUGCCUGCCGCAUGGAUGUCCAAGUCUUACCCCUCUAUGAAACCUUUGGGGUCUUAUUUCGCUGAUUUGCUAUCCAG